AUGAAGGAGGGUGGACGGAAACUUAAGAACGGAUUUCUGAAACUGGAGAAGCAUUCAGACACAUCUGAGAAGCCUGUUCCCUCUUUUCCAAGAGCUCUUACUGGAUUCAGCUGUAGAGGUAUCUUCAGUGUAUCUCCAAAGCGUUUCUUGGAGAAAAUGCUUAACAAAAAGGGAGGUGUGCAUAUAAGGAGCAUCAUGCAGUUUGUGCUGUCAGCUCUGCUCCUUUGCAGGACUGAGUCAAUGGCCUUGGAAAAUGCUCACAUUCUGCCAGCUGAAGACUCCAAGUUGGUUCUGAACUGGGAUCAAAAAGAUUACCCUGCUGACUGUUCUGAGAUAUUCUUAAGUUCUAAUGGUGGUGCACGGGAUGGACUUUACAUGAUCCAGCCCAUGAAAACUGUUAUUGUGGUGUUCUGUGACAUGCAGGAUGGAGGAUGGACAGUCUUCCAACACAUCACGGUAAACAGCAGCGUGGACUUUGACAGGACCUGGCAUGACUACAAGCUGGGGUUUGGGGCUGUUAGUGGAGAUCACUGGCUUGGUAAUGAGUACCUGUACCAGCUAACCAACAGGGGCGGGGUGCACAAACUCCGCAUCAAGCUUGUCAAUAUGGAUGCGGUGACUAAAGUAGGGGAGUAUGAUCCAUUCAUUGUGGAAUCGGAGGCCUCCCAGUAUAAAAUCCGCCUGGGCCUAUACAAGGGGAAUGCAGUAGAUGCUUUGACUCAGGAUACGGAGGCCUACCUUCAUGAUAACCAGAGGUUCACCACUAAAGACCAAGAUAAUGACAACUACUUCCAGAACUGUGCUAAACUGGAAUACAUGGGUGUACCAGGGGGUGGAUGGUGGUAUGAUGCAUGUGCUGGGGCCAAUUUAAAUCGAAGGAAUGUCAUUUAUUGGCAGAAAGAUUGCAACAAAGAGCACCUGUGCAAAUAUGCCUGGAUGAUGGUGAAGCCUUCAGAAAAGAAGGUGCCUGCUAAAUCUGAAAACUGUCAACGGGAUGAACUCUAA